CACGGAACGAUAAGCGGCUGAGUGACUACGUUAUAUGACGUCAGCACGCUGACCCAAGGUGGGUGUUUCGCGCCUGCGUAGUCCCGCACUGAGAGAGCGUACAAGCAGACGGACGGAUGCCGGGUGGGCCGGAGCCGCGGGGCCGCCCGAAGCGGGGAGCUCCUGCCGAAGGGGUGGCAAAGGAGGAAGAGGUACCGGCGGGAGGCUCCUCCCGCAGGCGGAAGGCGGAGUGUCCGCGGAGGAGGCGGAGUCGCCGGGAUAUGCCUGGGGAGGAGGAGGAGCUAGAGCACGGGGUCCAAGACAGAUACAUGGAGGAAGAUAUUGUGGCUGAUAAAGCUCCAAAGCGGGAGGUGGAGGAGGAGGAGGAGGAGGAAGUGGUGAUCCAAGAGGUAGAACCCACCAUAAUUAUCCAGGAUCCUCCACUGGAAGUGGCAGAGGCCCUUCCUUUAAUGAGAGAAGGAGUCCUGCGCAGCUCUCGGUCCAGGCCGACCCCAACCCUGCAACUCAUUUGCAAGACUGAACCUGAGCAACACCAACUUGUGUAUGAGAUCAAUGAAGGUCCCUCCUCUUUCACAGGUGGCAUCAGUGAGGAGGAGGAAGAGGAGGAUGUAUUGAUAAGCGAGGAAGAGGUUCCAUAUAAAGAUGACCCUCGGGAUGAAACAUACAGACCCCAGUUAGAAAGUGAGGAUGAGGAAGACGAGUUGAUAAGUGAGGAAGAGAUUCCAUAUAAGGACGACCUCCGAGAUAAAACCUACAGACCCCAACUGGACAGAGAUAACCCUAGGUCUAGGCGGCGUGCAGCUCGUGCUAGAGAGGAGGCAACGCCUGUGGAAGUCAAAAUGGAAGUUAAAGAAGAAGGUCAAGUUGUCCAGGAACAGGAGAUGCCCAGGAAGAGAGGACGCAGGCGCAAGGAUGAUAAGAGUCCAAGACUUCCAAAGAGGCGAAAGAAGCCUCCCAUUCAGUAUGUGCGUUGUGAAAUGGAAGGAUGUGGCACAGUUUUAGCCCAUCCUAGAUACCUACAGCAUCACAUAAAAUAUCAACAUUUAUUAAAGAAGAAGUAUGUAUGUCCACAUCCAUCUUGUGGGAGACUGUUCCGCCUACAGAAGCAACUCCUCCGUCAUGCAAAGCACCACACAGAUCAGCGAGAUUAUAUUUGUGAAUAUUGUGCCCGUGCGUUUAAGAGCUCCCAUAACUUAGCAGUGCAUCGUAUGAUCCAUACCGGAGAGAAACCCUUACAAUGUGAGUUUUGUGGCUUCACCUGCAGACAGAAAGCUUCCCUGAAUUGGCACAUGAAGAAACAUGACGCUGACUCUUUCUAUCAGUUCUCCUGCAGCAUCUGUGGGAAGAAGUUUGAGAAGAAGGACAGUGUUGUGGCUCACAAGGCAAAGAGCCACCCAGAGGUUCUUAUAGCAGAAGCCCUGGCAGCCAACGCUGGAGCCCUUAUUACUUCCCCUGAACUGCUGGUACCCGAAACCCCGGUCCCGGUGGCUCAAGAGGAGCCGGAACCUCAAGCUUUUUAUCCUAGCACUGGCUCCAAGAUUUUAGUGGCUUGUCCCAUCCAGCCAGUUGAAGGACUGGGUGCUACCACUGAGGUUCUUAUUGAGGAUUCGGACUCUGCAGGACCCUAGAGAGGGUGUACAGAUCUCUCUGUACAGCACCAGAACUGUUUCCUCUUUCCUGGCUGGCUGUCUUAUUCCCUGUACUUCCCUAUUGCUGGAAUCCAUGCCUUCUAUGCCAUUCAUGUAAUCUCUGCACAUAACCCUGGGCUCAGUUUUUUUUGCCCUUGGCACCCUUACAAUUUUAUGUUUUACAACUUUUUUUUGUUCAUUCCUACUUACUAUGGUUUGCCAUCUUUUUUCCCGUCUCCCUGUUUCUUCAUGCUUUUUCUUUUGAGUCUAUCCUUGUUCAAUCCUUUUCUUGUCCCUUUCCUCUUUGGUGCUGUGUUCUGCACUCACUGUAUAUAAUAUGUUUAAAGAAUAAAAUUGAGCUGUCUCACA